CCGAAUGGGUCUUGGAGUGUGUCCUCCCAUCCUGUCAGUUUUCUUUCAUAGAGAAUGCUGCGGAUAGUUCUCGUAUAAAGCAGGUAUAGCUGUCAAUAGUGGAAAUUUCGAAAAGCAAAUUCAUGUAACGAUAUGUGUGUGGAGUGAAAUCAACUAUGAUUGGAAGCGAAUACUCGUUGGAAUUAUGCAACGUGUUUCACACAGGCCAGGUGGAGCCUGGAACAUGUUUCCAACGACUGAUGGGCACUGUGAAAACUGGAGUAAUCCUUAAAGAUGUAUCCUUAGAAGUUCAUGGAGGUGAAGUCCUUGCCAUACUGGGUUCAAAAGGUAGUGGAAAGAGAGCUCUAUUAGAAGUGAUAUCACGUCGUGCACAAGGCCCCACAAGAGGACAAAUCCUGCUGAAUGGUGCACCCAUGUCCCUACGACUGUUCCAGCAGAACUGUGGUUAUGUCACUCACAAGUGUGAUCUCCUGCCUGGACUCACAGUAGAGCAAACAUUGCACUAUGCUGCCCAUCUCACAAUUGGUUCAAAGGUAUCACGGUAUGUAAAGAGAUCAAGAAUGAAACAAGUAAUGGCUGAUUUAGCAUUAACCCAGGUGGCAAACAGGGCAGUUAGCGACUUGACUCAAAGUGAAUACCGGAGACUUAUGAUUGGAGUUCAGCUUGUAAGAGACCCAGUUGUGCUUCUGCUAGAUGAACCAACCUGGGACCUGGACCCUCUAAACACGUAUCUUGUGAUUUCCAUUCUUUCAAACCACGCUCGAAAGUAUGGGCGGGCAGUGAUACUGACAAUGGAAAAGCCACGGUCAGAUGUGUUUCCAUUCUUGGAUCGUGUCGCAUAUCUCUGUCUGGGAGACGUGGUCUAUACUGGUGGCACAAGACUUAUGUUGGACUAUUUUCGGUCUAUUGGAUUUCCUUGUCCAGAGUUGGAAAACCCCCUGAUGUAUUACUUGUGUCUUUCUACAGUUGACCGGCGAUCAAGAGAACGUUUCAUUGAAUCCAAUCAUCAGAUAGCAGCCCUUGUAGAGAAGUUUAAAUUGGAAGGUGGACCUUUCCGACAUAAAACUUCUACAAUGGCUCCUGGUGGAGUGCAGAUCAUAGACACAGGUGCAGACCCCAUGCAAAUGCCCAGCAUGGGGGUCCCCACUGCUGUCGGGGGAUCCACCACACCUUCGUUAGCCAACAACAAGGUCCCACUGUCUGCAUUUGGAAGACCCAAUGCCUUCACAGUAGCCUUCACUCUUUACAUGAGGAACCUAGCAGCUACUUUCAACCUUCAUGUCACAGGCUUAACUCACAUUUUCCUGCGGCUACUAGGACUACCUGUUUUCCACUUACUUUUAUGGAUAUUCUAUAGUGGAAUGGAGGACUACCAAAGAACAUUUGUUACGAGGAAUGGGCUAAUAUUCAACUGCCUAGCAGGAGCCUACUUUGUGGCCAUCAUUGUGACAGCCUCUACAUUUCCUGCAUUCCGGACACGGUACUAUCAAGAGGCUCAGGAAGGUCUUUACAGUGGACCCCUGUUUCUCUUAAGCUACUGGCUACUGGCUGUGCCAUUUGCGGUGGUAUCUGUAGGAGCUGCAACACGCAUCACAUUUCUGUUGACUGGAUUUCACACUGCAACAGACUGGCUUCUGUUUGGGGCAGUGCAGUUAGCCUGCUAUCUCCUGGCACAGCAACAAACUAUUGCCCUUUUGUUGGUUGUUAGAAGUUCCUUCACAGCAGCAAUUAUCAGCAUUUACAUGACUAUCAUAUACCUCAUGCUAGGAAGUGGCACUGUAAGGGCUUUCCACAGUUUGUCAGAUUGGCUCCUCUACCUCACAUAUGCAACUCAGUGUCGCUAUGCUGGAGCAUUCCUGAACCUGCAGAUGUUUGGAAACAACAACUGGGUCAACCUGAAUGGACUGCCACGAGACCUUAGGACCAACUGUACUGCUCGCAUCCCACAGACACAAGAUUCCCUGGCUGCAGCAUCGACAUCAUUCGGCUGUCGUUAUGCUGAUGGAACAGCUUACUUAAAGGAACGAUACGGGAGAGAUGACGACAGUGAUGACCUGUCAGAUAUGUUAGAACUGGACGUAAACCUUGCAGUAGCAUUUGCAUUUCCAGUUGGCCUUGCAAUAUUUAAUUCACUUUUGUAUCUGCUUCCUUUGCCAGCUUUCAUAAAAGCAAAGUUCAGAGAGUAGACCCACAUACUACCAUUCUUCAUAGUAAUAUUCUGUGAACAUGGCAGAUUACUUAAUAUCUUCAGAAACCUCUUAUAAUACACACCAACAAGCUAAGAAAUGUAUAAGUACCAGAAAUCUUCUGGGGGUAAAGGGUGGCUGGCGAGUAAGGCUGAUGACCUCACAGCCAUCUGUGAGCUGAGUGUCUAGAAAAAUGAGGCAGCCUCAACGUCUAACAAUCCUAUGGGCCUCCACGGCCUGUUACAUGAUAGCUUUACCCUUCUAUAUUUACCUUUUUUACACACAGCAUAAUAAUUCUGAUGCGUUCACUUUGUCAUUGUUUCUAGAUUUUAAUAAUGUCUUUGCUUAGUUGCCUCAAAAACUGCAAGGCUUAUGGAAGAUGUGCCUUAUUUUGAAUAAACUGAUUAAUUAACACAAUGGUAAAAGUCUUCCCAUACAAUAAACACACACUGAAUUCAUACUGAAUUUACUUUUAUUUUGUGAUAAAUAUUUAGCAAGAAACACACAGACCUUCAUGUGUAACUUCAUGUAAAAUGUCUGAUAUUUUUGUCAUAUUUUAAAUAAAAUUGAACUGUAUCAAUAAAAUUUAGUAAAACUUCCUAGUAUAAAAU